UGUUGUUGUUUUCCGGUUCGAGCUCGAGUUCGAGUCUGUUUUUUUAAAGCUGCGCAUGCGCCUCUUUUUGAAUCGUGGUUUUUUUUUGGCCAAGACCAGCGUUUAUUUUUUAAAGAGGUAGGAUAUUUCUAUCGCCGAAGGACUAUUUGGGUAGCGGCUCAGUCCAGCCGGCGAUGCCAUAGUGGCAGCUCCACCCGAUCCACCUGCAGAAACAACAAAAAAACCACUAACAAUGCCCUACAAUCUGUGGCUGAGGAGACGCCUCCAAUUGCUGGCCUCGGUGCUAUUCUGCUGCCUUCUCGGCUAUCUGACCUCGGCGGCAGUGGCCAAGCCGACAUUAUCCUUCAGCCUGCCGCAAGGACUACAGGGAUUCCCCUCGUUCCAGUCGUUCACACAGCAGAUCAUCGAACAGCGCAGCGUCCGGCAGAUGAAGACCUACAGCGGGAAGCGGGUGAGCAACGAUUCCCUCAUUAUGAUAUACUAUCACGAUCUGACCAUAGCCGUUACGGAGCUGGGACCCCAGAAGCUGUUGCUGGGCUGUGAGCUGAUCGAAAUCUACAACGACAAGGAGGGCAAGAUGCUCCUGGAAGGACUCUCACACUACAACCGCCCCCUGGAGAUCAAGUUUGAUGAAAUGCUGAAGCUGAUGGAUCAGUGCGAGCAUGUGGAUAAGAUCAGCUAUGCCUCCAGGCACAAGGCCAAGUUGGAAAAUGGCGAACGUAGCAGUGGUGGAGGUACAGGAGGAGAUGCCUCCUCGUCAGGAGACACCAAUGAUGGAGUGGCUCUGAAACUGGCCACCAAUAUCUUUCCAAGAAGUCCGUUCUCACUGCUGAGCGGGAUUAUACCAGGAACCAAAUGGUGUGGCACUGGAGAUAUAGCCGAGACCUAUAGCGAUCUGGGCAGUGAAAUGGCCAUGGAUCGUUGCUGUCGCCAGCAUGACCUCUGUCCGGUCAAGAUCCGGGCCUAUCAGCACAAAUACGAACUGAACAAUGAUUCCUUAUACACAAAAUCCCAUUGCAUUUGUGAUGAUCUGCUCUUCUCCUGCCUGAAGAUGACCAACACCUCUGCCUCGCAGCUGAUGGGCUCCAUUUACUUUAAUCUGGUCCAAGUACCAUGUCUGGAUGGGCGAAGCAAUCAUUACAAGUUCCGGGCGGCCAAGGAGGGUUUCUAGUUCCCAACCAGGACUACGAAAUGGGGCGGGGAGGGGGAUAUUAAACGGGGUGGGGAGAAACUAUGCUCAAUGUACAGGAGGCCAAAUGAAUAACAAGGAUAUAAAAGGAUAUAAUAAGAAGACGAUACCCUUUUUUUGUAUUUAUUUCGUUUUUUUAUUUUUAUUUUUACCAACAAUUAAUUAGGCCCGCUUUUUAAUUUUUUUUAUAUCGAAUAUUCAGUUAGCGUUAUCUAGAUAAGUAUAUAAAGUAGUGUUGCAAUCUUUGUUAUAAAAAAUACAAAUAAAAAUAUAAAUAUAUAUAUAUA